AUGGCUGGGGUAGAGUUUUCGCUGAGGAAGGAAUGUUCUGUGUUUUCAGGGCGUGUUGGCUUCAGCUUCAGGCAGGCCUACAUUUUCUUCUACAACCUGUUCCAGUUCUGUGGACACACUUGGAUACUGUCUAAUACAAUAGCCAGGUUUUUUACAUUUGGUCAAGAUGCCUUAGCAGACACGUUUUACUCUGUUGGCUUUGUGAUGAGUCUCUGCCAGCUGCUCUCCAUCUUGGAGCUUUUCCAUAUCGCAGAUGGGAUUGAGAAAGCCAGACUUCUUCCCCGCUUAAUCCAAGUUAUGGAGAAGAACAUCCUGCUGAUCAUGAUCAUCAUGCUGGAGGAGAUCCAGAGUAAACCAGUGGUCUGUGUUCUGCUCUUCUUCUGGAACAUUUUGGACCUCCUAAGGUACCCCUAUGAACUGCUGUGUCUGAUGGAUACACCAUCCAUCGCCAUGCUGUGGACCCGCUACACACUCUGGAUCCCUUUAUACAUCCUGUCAGUCGCCACAGAGGUCGUCACUAUUUACCGUGCUCUGCCGUAUGUUGAGCCGACAGUCUCGUCGUCAUGCCUGAAUUCAACAGGACCCUUUGUCCUCAUGGCCUACCUGCCUGUUCUCGCUCUUGGGGCCUCUGUGACAGUGUGGCAGCUGCUGAAAGAGAGACAGCACCACCUGGAGAAAUGGUGCAAGAAGAUGAAAAGGAAAUGAAAG